AUGACAGACGCACCCCAACAAAUUAAAAAAUCCCCAAUAAUUUCUCUUUUAACAACAAUAGCAACAAUUAAUGAAACAGCAGCAUUAUCAUCAUCAAAUGAGAAAAGUUGUGCAUACGAAAAGAAUUUCACUGAUAUUGCAAAUUUUUUGAUAAACAACACGAGAUUUCAUAUUAAACAAGAAAUAUACGCAAUUAUCGAAAUUGAAUUUUAUCUCAAUGAUAACAAUAAGAACAAUCAUUCGGAUCCAUUUGCACAUAGUCAUAAUGACCAACUAAAACUUGGUAAUUUCUAUUUUCAUCGCGCUGGCUCAACUGGAUAUCGAGGUGGCACCAGAAAAGGUCUAGAUAUUACAUUUGGAUCCGCAGUGGAACAUAUUUAUGGAGGAAUUUUAUUGAGAACAAUUCGAAAUUUGGAGACUAAUGAAAUUAUCGAAGGCCCAAGUUUAAUUGUUGAUAAAAUCAUGGAAUCAUGUGGAAAAGAUUGUCAAAGAUUAUCAAGUGUUCGGGAGUUGGUGGAGGAUGUUUGGAAUGGAAAAAUCGGUGCAUUUAGGAACAUGCAUAAUUCAAACAGUUUGGUAUAUAUAGAUGAGAAACUUGAAGAGGCUUACGCUGAUGAAGAGGAUGAAAGACCUAAAAAACGUCCGAAAGUCGAAAAAUUUAUAGAUUCAAAUGAAAUAUACACAUCACCUCGAGUUGGACUUACUCUCUCUAACAUCUCACCAAGUAAAACAUCUCGUCUUAAAUUUGUCCUCAAACCUUACCGAUACUUUACUUUACCACACCUCUUGAAAAAAGGAAAAAUACAAACAAUUAUAGGAUUAUAUGAUCAUUUUAAGGAUACACAAAAGGUAGCUAAAACAAUUGGAGGUGUGAUGGCUGAAUCUCUCAUCAGGAAAUAUUUAACGGAAAUUGAUAUUGGAUAUAAUACUGGGGCGAUCGACAAAUUUAUGGGAAAAAAGGGAAAGGGCGUGAAUUCUAAUGAAUAUUGUCGUAUGGUUGGUGUCGUUAGAAAAUGGAAAGAAGAAAAUGAUGUAUUUUAA